AUGUCGCCCGAUACAUCCGACCUCGACCUCGAAACGCGGCCGGCGGUACCCCUCAAUCGCGAUGAAACGUACAAAGAGCAACCCGAAACUGCAGACAGAGAGCCAUUCGGAGACGAAGAAGGUGCAGAGGUCAGGUACCGGACGUUGGAGUGGUGGUUUGUCAGCCCCGUCAUGCUGGCUGGGGGAACAUCUCUAGGCAUCCUAACGCUUCCCUCAGCUGUGGCGACACUGGGAAUCGUCCCAGGCGUGAUACUGAUCGUCAGCAUUGCUAUCCUCACCGUUUACACCGGCUGUGUAAUGGGGCAAUUCAAGGCGCGAUAUCCCCAUGUUCAUAGCAUUGCGGAUGGGGGCGAGGUACUCUUUGGCUGCAUCGGGCGCGAGGUCCUGGGGACGGGGCUGCUGCUCUGCCUGGUGUUUGUGAUGGGGGGCCACAUUCUCACUUUCACUGUCAUGAUGAACACACUGACCGAUCAUGGCACAUGCAGUAUUGUUUUCGGGGUGGUGGGGUUGCUGAUUUCGCUUAUAUUGAGCUUGCCGCGGACUUUUAAGAAGAUGUCAUGGUUGUCAGUUAUUUCGUUUGCCAGUAUCGUCACGGCAGUCUUGGUCACGAUGAUUGCGCUUGGUGUCCAACGGCCGCGGAACGUAAAGGUUGAAAUGACUAGGUCGACUAGUCUGUACAGAGCGUUUCUCGCAGUCACGGAUAUCGUGUUCGCAUAUGCGGCCCAUCCAGCCUUCUUUGGCUACAUUUCCGAGAUGAAAACUCCCACCGACUGGCCGAAGACGCUGUGCUUUGUUGAAAUCAUCAAUACGACCUUGUACACAGUCACUGGGGUGGUUGUCUACCGGUUUGCUGGUCAGCACGUUGCGUCACCGGCACUGGGCUCAUCCAGCCCUUUGAUGGCCAAGGUUGCGUAUGGAAUUGCGAUUCCGACGAUUGUGAUUGCCGGGGUGAUUAAUGGACACAUCGCCUGCAAGUACAUUUAUGUCCGCCUGUUCCGGGGUACCGAGCAUAUGCACCAGCGCAGUCUGUUCUCGAUAGGGACUUGGGUGGCAAUCUCGGUGGUGUUGUGGACGAUAGCUUGGGUCAUCGCAGAAGCAGUUCCUGAGUUCAAUAACCUGCUGAGCCUGGUUACGUCACUGUUCUGCAGUUGGUUCUCGUAUGGACUAUGUGGUGCCUUCUGGCUCUUCAUCAACAAGGGUCUUUGGUUCUCGUCGCCGAGGAAAACAUUCUUGACCAUUGUCAAUUUCACCUUGGUUGGCAUGGGGGCAUGUCUGUGUGGCCUUGGACUGUAUGCGUCUGGCCGAGCAAUCAGCGAAGAGUCAGCUGGUCGCAGUUUCUCCUGCGCCAGUAAUGCAUAG